UUCCCGGGAUUUUCGCUUGUGUAUUUUUUAUGUAAUGAAUUCGUUAGACGUUGUACUAUUUGCUUAUUGGUUUUUGUCGAUAUGGGAAAUAGAAGAUUUGAACAGAGUGCUAUGAAAACAUGAAUUAAUGCGCAAGGCGCAAAAAAGGCAAUAGAUGUUUUUAUAGCACGAGGCGCUCGUCCGAGCGGAUCGAGGCUGACAAAAAAAAAUUAUUUGCUAUAUAUAUCAGCAAUAUUGUUCUUGUACGUUUCUUGUUUGACCGACGUAUAUCUCUCGAAUAUAACAUGCUGCCGUUUCUAUGCUGUAUUAUAGUGUUAUUUUAGUCCACCAAAGUUGCACGUGUUAACUAUCUCCACCUUUUUUACUGGUAUGUUUGCUAGAACAGGAGCCAGGUAGAGUUAUGAAACUGUCGUACGAGAAGAUGGUCCUCUUAACCGACAAUUUUUCCGAGAGCAACUGCAUCGGAAAUUUCCAAUUCGGCAAACUUUAUUAUGCAAAGAUAGUGUACCCUGGAAUAACAGCAUAUUUUAUGGUGAAAAAAUGGGAAGUCCCGGAAAAUUGUGAUUACGAUCCAGGAGAUAACGAUCUUCGACUAAUGGACGAAAUGAUUUUACUUCGCCAUGAAAUGUUUAUUAACCAUCCAGGCAUGUUAAAGCUGUACGGAUUCUGCUUCGAUCGAGGCCUUAUUGGUGCUGUUUACGAGUUCAAGCCGUUUGACUCGCUUUUUAACCUCAUUCCUAAAGAUGGUUUCACUUGGCUGCAAAGAAUCAAAGCUGCCCUUGGAUUGGCUUCCGUUGUCAGAUAUCUGCAUCUCGGAAAGUCUUCUUAUUACCAACCUUUCGUACUUCACAAUCUUGAUGCUGCACACGUAGUUCUCGAUGAGGACUAUAAUCCAAAGCUGUGCGACUUUGGUUGUACGAGCGGUGGAAUUUUCCCGAAUAAGAAAACAUAUUCAGGUCAUAAUUCCCUUAGUUGCUAUGGGUGCAUCGAUAUUGCACUAUGCAGUACAGGUAAUCGUUGAAGUUCGAAUUAAGUUAUUCUAAUUUGAUAGAUUUUCAUCCGGUUGUUUCUUCUCGAUCGGUCUUAUUUAUAAAAUUAUUAGUCUCACGAUGAUUUCGUCACAGGUGACUGGUCGAUCAAACAAGACGUAUUUGCGUUUGGGGUUAUACUUCU